AUCUUAAUGCACUCACCCAUAUAACAGAGAAAGUAUCCAAAGAAUCUGAGAGGGAGGAGCAUAAUGGAACAGUUACAGGUGAAUGCUCUGAAGCAGAACACAUACACGUUGAAGUCGACUAUCUUGAUGUGGGUGACUUCGUUGAAAAUGAAAUCCAAGAACUGACAAUUGGAUCACAAAUCGAUGGAGUAGCUAAUGCGGCUUACCAGACUCAAUUGCUAGUAAAUAUAGACGCUGCUAUGACUCAAAGCAAGAUGGCAAAAGAUAUAGCUAAUCUUAUAGUAGCUGAAAUUAAAGGUGGAGAUGAUUAUUCGUGGAACUUUCUAAAAGCGGAAAUGUCAAAAAAAUUUGGAGACACAAUUGGCAGGUUUUAUUAUACUUGUUGUCAGUCAAAAGAGGCACAAUUGCAAGUCGAUUUGGUUCUUAAUACUGCAAAAGUAGAUAUUUACCAUGGACAUCUCCAUCCACGUCCAAACCUCUGCAUUGAAAUGCCAAAUGAAUUACAGGAAGAGAUCAAAAUGUACUUGUAUCUUACUGCAAUAGAAUUGAAAAAUUACCUACAGCAUAAAGGAUUUGAUAUCUCGAA